UUUUGCAUGUGGCUGCAUAGGAUGUAUCUGUUUUGACCCGUGCGAGGAACAUUGAUCGAAAGCGACCCUUGGUGCCAAAACAACCCUAAAGGAGACGCUGUGAUAAUUUAGUGGCGACAUAUAUUAACUUGAAUAAAAAAUGCUUUCUUGUACACACCGGCGGACAAGUAAACAAUUAACGUCGUCGUGAAAUUCUGUUCGAUUACAUGGUGCACUGUCCGAUCCGGAAUAAUAGAGAGGCACGAGGUGACAGCUCGUUACGAGGCUCCACUUUUUUAUUCCUUUUACCUUUGAAAUUUUACGACCGAGUAGGAUCGUGACUAAUCCUACCCUGGGGGAGGGUGCGCCCCUACUAUCCGCUAAAUCCGCACAGAGGACUAUGCUGAUUCAUAGGCCCCGUAUCUCCAGAUUUUCAACAUGUUCUUUCUACCAAAGAUCCUCUAGUAUCCCUGGUAUUUAUGAGAAAAUUUCAAAACUGCCGGUGUUAGGAGAUGGUCAAUGGCCCAUCGCCAAGAGACUGCACCCCUGGCACAGAGCAGGCAGUAGAGGGCCGAGAGAGCGGGUCUCCCGCGGAACACAGCUGGUACGGACCGUCAAGAUGUAAGGUGUGGGCAGAGAAGUGACGGUAGCCGUUGGCCCAGGCCAAGAGAACGCACGAGGAAGAGGAACAGGAAGAGGAGGAGGAAGAAGAAGAAGAAGUAGUAGUAGUAGAAGAAGAAUCGGAGAGACGACCCGAUCGAACGGACGAUCCGGGAGGAUGGAGUAGCGGGAACCAGGGAUCGAUUGCUUCCCGAUAGUUGGCAUGGAGGACACGACAGUGGGCAUCAUCGAGGGCUAAACUAUUGGGAUAAAAUAUGGCGUCAGAGAUACCGAGCGUUCAUCAGAGGAAGCUUGGACCAGCGCCGAUAGCAUCCUUCGAAGACCUGUCCGACGAGGUGGAAAACGGGGAACCGGCUACGCGAAUGCCAGGCAUCGUUGAGGUGGCCACGCCGGCAACGCCUGGUAGUUCGCUUAAGACACCCAGCACGCCGAGAAUUGACAUCAGCAGGGCGAGCAGUUCCUCCCACCAUGAGGAUAGUAACUCCAGGGACUCGUCGCCGGAAAGGGAGCUCCUUGCAGGUGGAGAGCCUCCGGCUGGAUGCAAGCUGACUCUGGGAUACAAAGAGGAUGCUCAAGAUUUGAGAUCCUCGACGGAAGAAUUAGAUCUGCAAGAUCCGAUUCACGAACAGGAUCUCAGAAGGGAAUCGAAGAAACUCGCCAAAAGACGAAAGGAUGAUUCUCAGUCAGAUUACAGUGGUAGUAAGUUGGACCGUGAACGCAAAGACAGCAACUGUUCCGAGAUCAUUUUGUUGAAUAUCAGUGGAAGAACCUCCAGACUCUCUUCCGUGGGUAGCCAAGGUUCUGGUGCAUCUGGCAAACUCUCUGUCGUUUCAGCUACUUCCUCGAGGUCACCUAGCCCACACAAAUGCCUGCUGGAAACAUCGUUCUGUGGGAGCAAGCCAACGCUGGCAGACAAUCUGAUAGAGCCAUCAAAGCCAGAGACAGACGACCUAGAAAAGAUCCUGUUGAAACGAGAGGCUGACACUACCAAAGCGUUGAUUCCAGACAGUAUAAAAGUGUCGAUGGUCGAUGGAAACUUGAAACCGGAUCCCUUGGACAAGCCUCGAAGACGGGGUCGCGAGGAAAGAAAGGAGAUCUUCAAGAGGGAGGUGGAAAUCACCAAGAGAUUUUUAGAGAAGGUGAACAUAGAGCUGCCUGUCGUGAAGAAGUCAGCAGACACGCAAAGCACAACGUCCCAGCAACAGACGCCGAAGAACCAAGCGCAAGAGGUUCAGAAACCAGCCACGUUAGAUUUCAACGACAAAAGAAAGAAGACGCAGAACUUCAAGGAAAUCGUGCAAACCACUCCGACGACGAGCAGCGUAACCGGCAGCCCGAAACUGCCGAGGCAUCAGAAAGUGCGGGACCUCGAGGGUUCACGAACACCCAGUCCCUCUUCCGUGUCGAGGAAGAGCAGCUUCACCUCCCUGUUCAAGGCCCGCACAGACAGCAGUGUUUUGAGCCCAGAAUCACCGUCGCCCAGCACGAAACCACGCCGUAGCCUGACCUCAAAGAUAAAGGACACCACCGAGAGUCUGCGAAGCAGAUCGAAGUCACGCGAAAGAGUGUCCAUCGACAGAGGGUCCAGCUUGAAGAAGGACUCGAAGAACAAAGGCGUCUUCUCGUCGACGUUAAGUCUGUUCAAGAAACGUGAGAGAAAGAAGAGUUACGACGAGGCUAUCGCGGCUUCAUGUGGGACCGACUUAGAGGGCAGCGGAGGACACCCGUCUUUGGAAAGCAUCGGUCACGUGGAGUUCCGGUUUAACGCGGAAAAGGAGGACCGCAAGGACGACUCGAUUUUUAUAAGCCUCCACGCUGACGAUAGAAACUACGAGGAAGCGCUGCCGUCGGAGAGCGUCUCGAUUCCAUUAGAAACCCCGACGAAACUGUUGGACGAGUACGAGUCGGAGCCUCGUACAGGAAGCAUAGUGACGGAAGCAUCGAUAGAACAUUACCCGCCACCGUCGAGAAUCAGAACCGAGGUUCUGAUCGAGACCACCUCAAGAUCGUACGCGUUAGACCAUGAGGUACCACGAAGCGGAUCCAAGGAUUCAGAAAUUUCGAGAAGCUCCUCGAAGGAUUCCAAGUUAAGUGGUCAAGUUAAAACGAGCGAGGUUGUUGGGAAAUCAUCGACGGUGGAGAGCAAACACACGGAACAUCGUGUGUCCAGUAGUUCUUCGAAGGAUUCGAUCGGUAAGAAAGAAGCGACGAAGCCUAAGAGAAGAAGCAAAGAGGUUAAACAAACGAUAGAACCGCCUGAAAGAAUAGACGAAGGUAGACAGAAACAGGUGAAGGAACAAGUGAUACAGAGCACGGAAAUUAAAAGCUCGAAUUUGCUGGACGACCUGAUCAGUCUCGCGGAUGGACUCGCGAAAAUGUCCAGCGUGAUUUCCGAUCUGGAUCACAACAGCUCGGAGUCGGAGAGAGACUCUGAGAUCGAGUUCGUCAAAAACAAGGUUGAGAAACUCGCCGAGGAAUUGCCUGAUGAGAGAAAGGGUUUGUUCUAUGAGGAGAGCUUCGAGGAGGAUCUCCCCUAUGUUCCCACCACCUUGCCUAUGGAGAAAAGCGUAGCUGUGCCGAUGCUGCCGGUUAAACAACGACUUCAGGAAGUAAGAACGAUCCCCAUUGAGAGGCCUCGAUCCACGACGCCCAUAAAUCCGACUCUCCUCGACGAGUUCGUGAUGCACACGUCGCUGGACGAGCGUCGCGUUGAGAAGAUGAAGAUAUCCUUACCGCGGGAGGAAAGUUUUAAGCUAAAGAGUCCGAGGAAGCACGCGGCGAACACGUUCAUGGAGUUUGCAGGCAAAGUGCCCGAUGGAGGACGAAAAAGUGCUGGGAAAUCGCCGAGUCCACCGCCACUGCCACCAAGAUCGUCCACGAGACCAAGCAACUGGAUCAAUUUCGAGGAGAUUCCUGAAAAGAGGAAAGCACCGAAGAGAAUUCAAACGAUCCCCCGAUCAGAUGACGAAGGCAAAUCGGGCGGGUACAGUUACGUUCAACCAGAGGAGUGCAGGUGCGAGUGUCACGAGGAGUCGCGAAGAGCGUCGAUGAAAGAAGCGACAGCAACGAGAACAUCCUCCUCUUCCUGUAGCAGCAACGGCGAACGACCGUGUAACGGCGAUAAUUGCACGGUACCUAGCUCGACAUCCAUGGACCGUGCCAGCAUCGUCAGUGACAGCUCGCUGGAGUGUAGCCUGAGCAUCGAGGAAGGCAGCCAAUCAUUGUACGCAGGCUCCUCGAAACCGUUUAGCAUAGACCUGGAUGUAAGGUCGAACAGGUCCAGUAUCGUGUCACAGGACGAGACUGACGAGACAGCCUGCACCAAUAAUAGUUAAACACCGGCACGCCUCGCCUUAUUCUCCUUAUUUCUUUUUUUUCUAGAUUCUCCUCGUUGAAACACUCUCUUCGAGACGAGUUCUCCGUUGCUCGUUUUAGCGCGCGUCUAGCUGUGUUCUCGAAUUUCUAUCGAACCUUUUCCCCAAGAACGUAAUACUAUUCUACGAUGAUGUCUUCACAUUAAUAGAGAAGUUUCUUAACGAGUUAUUCCUAUUUCGAGAUGCUGUCUUAGGUAAUUUUUAGAACUAGAAAUAGCCCCUCCAAAUGGGAAUACCUUCUUAACGAAACGAAAACAUGUAUAAGCACAGAGUCGUUCGUUAUUCGGCAAACGCGUACAAAAUGUACAGGGUGCCUCGAAAAAGAUGUACACCUUGGAAAAAAAUCAGAAGAAUCCUUUUCCAUCUUUCGUGUACCAUCUUCUUUGAAACAGCUUGUAUACUUGAAACUGUCAAACGUUAUUGCAAUUUUUCUCGACUUUUCUCAUCGUUGGCCGUAAAUGUUUUCUGAAAUUCGAUUCUGAAAUAUUUCACGGUCGAUUUCAUGAAAACAUUUUUGCGAAAGUCCCUAAAUCGUUUUAGAGUAAAACGUGAAUCUUCCACGAGAGCUCGUUCGUUCCCUCGUUACUUGAAACUUUGCACUAGGGUAUGCUUCCUAACGACGGUGGCUCGCCUUUAAAAUUAUUCGUUUCAAACUUUUCGAGAUCCAUCCUGUUAAAAAUUAAUCGAAAUUAAUUAGCUAGCUGGAUUUGAAUUGCCUUGAAAGUAUCCUGGAUCUCGAAAGUUAGGGAGCACAUUUUCUAUGCUUCAUAUCAUGUAGAUAAACUUAGAUCUGUAAGUGAUUCGUUGAUAGAAGAAUUUAAACGCAUGAGAAAUUAAUCGAACGUUGAAAAGAAAAGCAAAUUAUGAUUAAAUAAGGAUCUCAACCUCGUCUUUUCUAAGUAUCCUUUUCUCUAGUUCAUAUCGCGGUUGGGUACAAAAGUCGAGGAGUUUCUUCUUCGUGCAUUUCAUCGACACAUCAUUCUAUCAGUAUUACGUGUAAGAAAUCAGUGUGCUUGGUGGGCGUGUAUGAGGAACUCGUGUGUAUCGUCAUUUCAUAAACGGUGCACAGUCAUGGUGCACUUCAUAUCCAUGGAAUUCACAUUUCAUUCGAAAAUGUAACGCCUCUAUUGAAGCAUAGUUUCAGAAACGAGCCACCAUCCACGGAUAAGAAACGACGAAAACGAGAAGAUGUUGUUAUUGUAACGAGUUUAGAAUCAAAUGACCAGAAUCGUACCAGUCGCACCUUCAUCUUGGACGUUAGGGUAUUCUGAUUUAAGGUUUAUGCUGCUUUUAAAUGCUGGAAUCUGUGCAUAUGAGCGAGAUUAAUAUCAGUUCGCAUUCACUACUUUGUUAUUCCAUUUCACAUACCUCCAGUGGCGGCUCGUAGUUAAAAUUAAUGGGGUGCUGUUUCAGAAAAUGUUUAGCUUUUGUUUUUAAAAAACCGGCACUGCGGGAGCGACAGUGCUCUCUCUCCCGCGCAGCAUCGCGCGCAGCUUCCUAUAUGCGCAUGCGCACGCAGGCAAACGCCACGCCGCUGGAACUGUGAAACGCACAGUUCCAUAUAAAGAUUUUUGUAUCUUUUUCAUUAACAGGGGAAUGGCUACUGACGUUAAGCUUAAGGAUUAUAUAUUGUACAAGUAUAACGAAAGAAUUAAAGAAGAAAGGACACGUUAUAUUAAAUGUUAUCGAUAAUAUCAAGUGGAAAUAGGGGGUGCUGCAGUUCCACAGUGCCUAUAUGCGAGCCGCCAUUGUAUACCUUUUUGUCUAUUUUCAGAUUCGUAGAAGCGUUGUAAAGGCGUUUCAAAUUCUUCCGUUCACAGAGAUUCAAGGGAAAAAAAGAAAGACUUGUAUACACGUUUAGGAAUUGAAUGGUUAUUCUGUUUUUUGCCAUUGGAAUAAAAAAGGAGCCUAACUGGCACCUGAAAGGUAAAGCUUAACGAAUUGUUCAGUGGUUAAUCAUGUAAUUAGCUAGCUCGUCGAGAUCUAUGAAAGGAUCUUCGAUCGACGAGACUUUCCUUAGAUGUUGAUAGUUUAUCUUUGCCAUCUUCGUCGGAUAUAAUCCAACUUCAUCGUAUUCGAUAUCCAUUGAGUUUUCUAGUACCAUGAUGGGAUAUGGAGAACCUCUAGAGAUCGUCUGUUACUUGCAGACGAAAGAUCAACUCGUUAGAGAAGAUUUUCUUCCAUGGAUCAUCGAUCUGCUGAUUUGAUGAUCAAAUUCUUCAUUCUCAUAUACAUUUUAAGAAUUCCAAGUUUCUCUCUUGGAUUUUCAUGGUGUUCUUUAGAAAUCUGUAUAUGAAAGAAAUUCAAAAGAGGAAGAUUAGGUUUUCUUUUGCUGGACGUGUUCAAGGAUGUAAGUUAAUCCUUUGCAUUCUGAACUACAUUGAUUAAAUUACCUUUACGAGCGCUAAAGGUUGUAUGUUUGUUUAUUUUAUAAUUGGAUAAAAGAAAAGAAUUCUUCUUUUUAUUGCAAAUUUCAUUCUUUUUUUUUCAGCCAUUUAAUGACAUUCAAACUGUGAUACAUCGUCGUUCGUGUGCAAAGGAUUAAGCUUUUCUGUAUCCCAGAAAAGAGGAAGAAAGACAAGAAUUGAACGGAUAUAAAAGUUGUUCAAAGGAACAUCCUGAAACCAUAUUGGGAUAUUCCUUGGUAAUCAACCAUCCAGUCUCCCUUUAGCAAUACAUAUACACAUACACACAGGAGCGUUCAAGAUUAUUUUUAAGAUACGCGACGAACUACGAGAAAUUUAAAAGAAUAUUUAAAUGUUUCUAACGUUGUGUAUAUAAAUAAAAAUGAAUUUUCAGAGAGUGCAUAUCUUGAAGAGGCGUGUGUGAGAGAGAAAAAGAAGCGAAGAGAAACGUCAUAUGUGUGUGAGAGCGAGAAAGAGAAAAGAAGCGGACAAAGAAAGAGAAUAAAAUAAUGUUUGUGUUUUGACGGCUGGCUCAAUCAUUUCAAACUGCGUUCCUCUAGACACUAGAAUGCUCUCUUGCCGUCAGAAAAAUUGUAAGAAAUUAAAACAAGCUUGAUAACGAUCAUCGUUAAUGUUACGGAUGAAUCCCUUGGCAAGGAAUCGUCCACGAGUUGAGAUUUUGAAGAAAACAUUGCCUGAACCAGAAUUCAUUUGAAGGUAUCGUUUAAGUUCUUCUUUUAGAAUUAUCAACGGUACAUCGAUCAAACUAUUGGCAUUUGAAUCUAUUUUCUAAUAAUUGAUAUGUAUUCGAAGGCUCUCGUACGUCUCGAGAGUUUUUUGAGAAUCUUUCAAUUUAGAGCCAAUUAAUUUGCAAAGUCAAGAAUAAAGACACAGAGAAAAUAUUACAACCAGAACACAAAUCAAAGUUUCAAAACGACGAGGAGAAAGGUCGAAGAUAAAUAACGAAAUAAAAUAAAAUAAAAUAAAA